CUCCAGCAAAGGAGAAGGAGUAAAACCCGGCAGACUAGGUCGCGGGAGCGAUUCUCCCUUCUGCAGGAGCAGGCCAAAUGCCUCCACCACCUCCGCGAGCUCCAGACGCCACCCAGGACAUGGGAUCGGAGCUUAGGACUCCGGCCGUGGUGGCCUCCGAUGUACGCAUCCCAGUCACUCCCCAGGAUUUGGAGAAGAUCCCAGAGGCCUUCCGGGGAACGGUGUAUGAGUCGGUGAACUACGCCGUCAGCCAUAUAUACAAAUUCACCGAGAAGGAGCUCCGGGCCAUUGAGACAAUGAGCCCGGUUGGCGUAAUGGAGUCUUCAAUGGGCAUGACCUUAACGGGCGUUGUCGCUCUUCACCGAAGCAUCGUCAGGGCCAAAACUCAGCUCGAGGAUAUGAGGACCGAGCACCAGGCCUCUCUUCAGGAGGCUAAGGCGACUAAAGAUGCCUUGGCGACCUCGAAGGCCGAGUUGGAGAAGACACGCUUAAAGGUCCAAGAGCUCGAGACCUCCCUUGCCACCUCGCGGACAGACCUCGAGGCCGCGAAGACUGAGAUCCAGGCCGCCCUGGAGGCCGAACGGACCACUUCGGAGCAGUCCAUGGAAGAUCUGUUCUACCACUGCUGGGCCUACAAUCCGAAGGCUGACUUUUCCUUCAUGUCACCGAGUCUCUGGGCGUGCUUGCUGGUUGAUAACUCUACAAAAUAG